AUGGAGUUUGAUCAGCUGGUGAGCGAUCUUUUGAGCUGCGAGGCGAAGUGUGAAUCCGGUUUAGAGGAGAAUGUGAAGAGUCGCCAACUGGGUUUUGAAGAAAUUGAGCAGAAGGAGGUUAUGAGUGAUGAAGCCACUCGUGGUGGGAAUGCUCCGUGGAGGAGAACUCGCGUCUUGUUGAAACUGGGGACGGGAAAUCGAAUGGUGACUUUCGCAAUGGCUGCAGCUGUAAUGGGAUUUGUCAUCUUUGGUCGGAAGUUAUAUAAGAUGAAGCGUAAGGCGAGGAGCUUGGAGCUUAAAGUUACCCUUGAUGAUAAGGUGUCGCAGUUCAUGAGUCGUGCUGCACGACUGAACGAAGCAUUCUCCGUUGUGAGAUGGGUUCCCAUUGUUCGGCCUAUGCUACCAGCUGCUGGUGUGAACCCAUAG